GUGUGCUUGGUGGUAUUACAAUAUUCAACGCAUCACAUCUGAUCUAUGAACACUUCGGCAUUUGCAUUUCACCUGUCUCGCCUUCUCUAAAGACUAAACCUCUCUCUUAUGACUUAUCACCCCUGUUUGUCAGAUCGGAUUAGAUCCACCUACGCUUUAUAGGGAACUCACCUUCAUCCCUCAACCUUCAGUGGUAUCGCAAUCAUCCUCCAUAGACUUACCAUUCACCCUCACACUGUCUCCAUCGACCGAUUUAUCUAUGCCGUACCCACUCAUCCAGUCACCGUGAGUCUCAAUCCACCAUGUCACGCGACAAGCACGCGCGACAAGCGCUCGGAAACGGCCUACACGACCUGGUUGAACAGACUCGAGUGCUGAUGGUCGGAGCCGGUGGCAUCGGAUGCGAGCUGCUCAAGAACCUCACCCUCACGGGGUUUGGCGAAAUCGAAAUCGUCGAUCUGGAUACGAUCGACCUGUCGAACUUGAACCGGCAGUUCCUGUUUCGGCACGAACACAUCAAGAAGCCGAAAGCGCUGGUUGCGAAAGAAGCCGCCGCGAAAUUCAACCCAAAAAUCAAACUCGUCGCCCACCAUGGGAACAUCAAAGAUUCGACGUUCAACGUGGAAUGGUUCAAACGCUUCACCCUCGUCUUCAACGCGCUAGACAACGUGGACGCGCGACGGCACGUGAACAAAAUGUGCCUGGCGGCCGACAUCCCCCUGGUCGACGGCGGCACCGCCGGAUUCAACGGGAACGUCCGCGUGAUCAAAAAAGGCGUCAGCGAAUGCUACGAUUGUCAAGAGCGUGAAGCGCCCAAGGGAUACGCCGUCUGCACGAUACGAAGCACGCCGUCCCAGCCAAUUCAUUGCAUCGUGUGGGCCAAAAGCUAUCUGCUCACCGAAGUCUUCGGGAAGAGCGAGGAGGACGCGCCAGAGUUGGAUCACUCCGAGGAUGCGGAGAACGCCAACGAAAUCGCGACGCUACAGAAGGAGGCGCAGGCGCUGAAAGGGAUCCGGAAAUCGAUGGGAACGCCGGAAUUCGGCCGGUUGGUCUUCGACAAAGUCUUCGGCGAAGAUAUCGAACGAUUACUGUCAAUGGACGACCUAUGGAAGACGCGGAAACGGCCACGCAGUCUGAAAUUCGAGGUCACUUCGAAAGACGCAAAAGGUUUGGGCCCCUCGACCUGCAAGGACGCCCAAAAAACGUGGUCGCUGGCGGAGAAUUUCGUCGUCUUCCUGGACAGCCUGGACCGGCUCAGCAAACGAUCCAUGGCCUUGAAGUCCGAGGGAACCGCUCCGAUUAUCGAUUUCGAUAAAGACGACGAGGACACCCUGGAUUUCGUCUCGGCGAGCGCGAACAUCCGAUCGGAGAUCUUCGGCAUCGAAACAAAGUCCAAGUUCGACAUCAAGCAGAUGGCCGGCAACAUCAUCCCGGCUAUCGCCACCACUAACGCGAUGAUCGCGGGCCUCUGCGUGCUGCAGGCGUUCAAGGUUCUCAAAUCCGAGUACACGAAAGCCCGGGUCAUCUUCCUGAGCCACAAUGCCGAGCGCGCGACCAACACGGAGCCACUCCGGCCCCCGAAUCCGAACUGUCGGACGUGCGGCUCGGCGCAAACGCAGGUCAUCAUCGAUCCGGGACGAGCGACAUUGCAGCACUUGAUCGAAGACGUCCUACGACUGGAACUCGGUUACGGCGAGGAGCUGAGCGUGAGCAGCGUAGAGGGGACCCUUUAUGAUCCCGACUUUGAGGAGAACCUGGGCAAGAAGUUCAGCGAGCUGGGCAUUACGAGCAACAGCCAAAUCACCGUGUAUGACGAGGAUGACGAUCCGCGUGUGGAUCUGGUGCUGCACGUUACGGAAAAAUCGCUAUCGGAUGCCUCCAAACCCGUCCUCCUUCCCGACAAAUUCGAACUUGCUCGCAAACCAAAGUCGGCUGCUGCGGUCGAUCAACAAGUGUCUGAGAGCCUUCUGAAUGGCACGUUGGACGGUCAAGCGACCGGCACCAAGCGAAAGAGGGGACCUGGCGACGACGAUCUUCCCACAUCGAAGAAGGAGAAAGCAUCAGAUACCAAUGGUGUUAAUCCUCUGGUCAUUGUCGUCGAGGACGAUACCAGCGGGGCGCUUGUGAUUGAUGAUUGAUAAAUCCCUCGCCAGGGAAUACAAUUGGAAUCCUUACAGCAGCAUGCGACCAUCACACAUCGAGACAGGCCCCUCACAUCUGUUCCGGUCCGCCGCCUUACCACCACACUCAACCCCCCGUCUAGGUUGAGGAUGCAAUUAUUCGUGUACGAGUUCAGGGCCAGGAAGGCCGCGACGUCGGACACCUUGUCUGGCUGCCCGAAUCGUCGGAGGGAGAUUUUGGAUUCCAUGGCGUGCCGUGCCUUGUCGUUGAAGAGAUCUAGGAAGUGGGGAGUGCCGGUUAUUGGUGACGGGCCUCUCGUGGGCGAGGAGAAAUGAUACCCCAUGUACGAUAGAAGUGGCGGAAUAGUGGGACCAACCAACGGUCAUCUGGGUGUCGAUAUAUCCUGGGAUUAUACAGUUCACUCGGGUGCCUCAUGGGCCCGUACUCGCAGCUAGGAACGAGUCAAUGCUACGUAAAGUAGG